ACCACGCUUAUCAAGUGAUCCGCACCCACGGCAUACCCGACGAAAACAUAAUAGUCAUGCACUACGACGACCUGGCUGACCAUAAAUCAAACCCAACCCCUGGUAUUGUGGUCAACAAAAUCAACGGCACCGAUGUCUACAAAACUCCAUAUCAAGUGCCAAAACACUACACUAAGGCUGACGUCACGCCAGAGAACUUUUUGGCUCUACUUCGAGGGGACGAGGAGUUGGAGAAAAAGGGCAAAAAAGUAGUUAAAAGCGGACCCAAUGACCGUAUAUUUGUAUACCUGGACGACCAUGGUGGUCAUGAGACCGUGGCGUUCCCCACUAGUGUACUCCACGCUAAGGACUUGAAUGAUAUUCUCAAGGCUAUGCAUAAGGAUAAUAAGUAUAAGGAACUUGUGUUUUAUCUGGCUGCAUGUUACGCAGGCUCAAUGUUUUACAAAGACUUACCGGCUGACAUUAAUGCCUAUGCCUUAGCGGGAACUCGGCCUGAUGAGUUAGGGUGGUUCAGCAAUUGCGGGCCAUCUAAAUACAACACUCACGAUUUGAACAAGGAAGUGUUAAAUGAUCAAUAUGAAUAUCUUAAGAGUAGAGGUGAUAUUGAAAAUCAGCAUGCUCAACAAUAUGGCGACCUGACUAUUGCCAAGGAACAUGUGAUAAAAUACGUCGAGGAAUUGAAUAGUCUAUUGAAUGGCCGAAAAUUAAUGGACAAACAGAUCGAGGAAUACGUAAAUGAAUUGCCGGGAAUUGACGCCAAUAUCGCAUUGAAUGGCAAACUAGAGCUCAAUCACAGAGAUUGCUAUCGAAAACUGGUCGACACUUUUAAUGAUAAGUGUUAUACAUUUGGACAGAAUACAUACGGAAUCCAAAAACUGCAUAUAUUUGUGAAUAUUUGCGAACAAAUGCGUGACUCGAGUGAUGCGGACAUUGCUGUCAACCGAUUGAUACAACACUGCAAUAGAAAUGUUAUGAAACCCAAUAAUAUUAUAUAAAAUUAUAUUUAUAAAUAUAAUUUUAAAAAUACAAUGUUUAA